ACCACUGGCUUAUCUCAGUCAUUCUGUAGAUCUGUGGAGAGCACCUUCUGUUUGGAAAGCGCCAGAGCAGCCCAUGAGACCACGUUAAAGGGCACCUAGACCUAAACACAGUGAGAGAAAAUGUUGAGAUUGGAAACCAGGAUGAUUUUAUGGGCACUAUUAACAAUUGUUCUGAUUGAAUACUCAAGGUGGAUGGCGCAGCAACCUGCUAAUUAUGUGGUCCAGCUGACAAAUGACACUGAUGAACUAGAAAGCAGCACAGACAAAAUGAAUCCAUUCAGCGACAUGACAAUCCGUAAAGAUUUCAUCAGAAAAGUAUUCUUCAUCUUGACAUUUCAGUUGAUGAUAACGUUGGCAUUAAUCUGCUUGUUUGUUUUCUGCAUACCUAUCAAAACGUGGGUGCUCCUGAAUCCCUGGUUCACUUACACUCUCUUCCCUGCACUUUUUGGCCUAAUCAUUACACUAGCUUGCUUUGAAGAUGCCCGUCGUAAAGUGCCAGAGAAUUUCUUUUUACUCUUCAUUUUUACACUUGUGGAAGGUCUACUGCUGGGAGCCGUAUCCGUUUUCUAUCAUGCCGAAGAAGUGAUGUGGGCAAUAGGCGGAACAGCCUUGGUGACCUGGGGCCUCACCUUGUUUGCGCUACAGACAAAAUUCGAUUUUACCAACCACUUUGCGAUUCUCUGGGCUUUAUCCUUCGUGUUAGUCCUCUAUGGAGCGCUUUCUUUCUUUAUGCCCUCCUAUUGGCUCCAUUUGAUAUACGCCGCCCUUGGAACCCUGUUAUUUUCAGGGUACCUGGUGUUGGACACACAGCUUAUGCUGGGAGGGAGCCAUCAGUAUGCCUUGAGUCCUGAGGAAUAUGUCUUUGCUACCCUGAAUCUCUACCUGGAUAUCAUCAAUAUAUUCAUUUUUAUCCUGCAGUUAAUUUCCUCAGAGCGCUAUCCUCCAUAG